AUGACUAUAACUGAUAUCAAUAUAAAGCAACACCACAGAAAAAAUAGAGACAAGUAUCAUCACCACAUUUCGGGACCUCCUCUCAACUCAGCCAAGAGCCAGUCAUUAAAGAGUUUAUUUGAAGUAUCUUCAGCUUCGUCGCUGGCCAACUCUCAUAAUUCUUUGUCGUCACCUCAACUACAGUUUAAUCGCAGUAAUACCAGCUCAAUAUCUACUUACGAUAAUAAGCAUAACAUUAUAAAUAAGAGCGAGAAGAGCAAAGGUGCCCGAGAUUUGAGAGAAACACACGAGGAGGAGGAAGAAGAAGAAGAAGAAGAAGAAGAAGAAGAAGAAGAUGAUGAUGAUGAUGAUGAAAGUAUAGCUGAGAUUAAGCGAAAAGGCGUUUUCCCAGGGCUUCGUAAGCCGGUUGUUCUUGAAGUUUAUCAAAAAAAGCACUCACCAAUAUUAUCACCACAAGUUUCGGUAAUGAGUAAACUUGACUUUGAUUUUGAUUUUGAUAAUUGGAGCUUAGAUCCUAUAGAUCAUAGUGAAAGUGCGAGACUACAGGAACAAGCAAAUGGUUUAAAAGAGGAUAGAAGAAGAUUACAUGCAGACAAAAGAGAAGAUGAAUAUUAUGAGAAUGAAAACGAGGAAGGAGGAGGAGGAGGAGAAGAAGAAGAAGAAGAAGAGGCACUUGGUGAUGGUGCUGACGAUGGUAAUUACUAUGCAGAAGUUGAAUCAAUGAUUGAAAGUUUAAAAGAGUUGAGUCUUUUGGAUAGGUUCAAAGGGUUGAUUAAAAAGAAUUCAAAUAGCAUGUUACGGAAGCUAAAUGGUGGGUCCAGUUUUGAUUUAUCAAUGUUUCGUUCCACUGACGAAGUUUUCCAUGUGAAUGAUAGCGCCACUUUAACUCCCCAAGAAUGUAAGAUUAAAUUCUGUGAGGAUAAUGAUGGUUCCAAAUCGGGCGAGUCAAAGGAAAUUGAACAGGAAACGUAUCCUUUACUAGAACCAAAACGUAAAAAAUCGUUUCUCAGUUUUAAUAAGUUGGGGUUUGAAGGAUUGGAUUUUUCAUCUUUGAUUAAUUCUUCUCCUUCUUCACCGAAUAAGCAUAACUAUGAUCAUCACCAGUAUCACCAACCCCUUCAGCAUAAUAAAAACAAUAAUAACAACCAUAAUCAUCAUCAUUAUAUGCAUAAUCGCGGCCCACUACAUCAUCAACCUAGAUCACAUAAUCAACAAGUCAAGCUGAUUUUAAAGUGUAAACAGAACAAAAACUUUAAUCAAGAAUUGGAAGAGUCUGUCAAGCAGGACCUUGUUCAGUUUGAUGAGUUUUGGCAUAAAUUUGAAAUGAUUGAGCAGGCAAAGAACAAUUUGGGGAAUGAAGAAAUGUUGAACCUAAUUCGUUUGGAACAGGUGAGGAAUUAUUACAAAGAGAUGUGA